CAGUGUCAAUUGAAAAGUAGUUUAGAAAAGUAAGCUGACAUUGGGUGGUUUGGGUUUGACAGACCACAUGCUCUCUAGGAGUAAACCAAAAUUAUUGAAAAUAUUUUAAUGGAAAUAUCCUGGCCUACCAGCACUUAAUCUUGCCCGGUGUAUAAAAUGUCUUUAUACAGUAAACUGUACAGUGGUCUAGUUCAUAUGAAAACGUUCUUCUUAUUACUUCUGGCAAAUAGCUCCAUCUUUAACUGUUUUCUGGCACCAAAAUACUCCUGUGUUACUGUGAGAAAUGUGUCCGGUCAACAUUUCAUUAUUCAUUACUUCUUUGGAAGCUCUUCCAUGUCAUUAUAGUUCCUUAGUGUUUAUUUGCUUAAGGUUUAGCGUGUUUUUAAAUUGCUGUUAACAACAUUCCCGUCUCCAGAACUAUCCUUUUAUUCAGAUACAUUGUAGCUCUGAAGCCAGAGAGCCUUGGGAACAAUAAAGGAGCAAGUAGGGGCUCUGAAACGAGUAAUGUAGGUUUUUAAAAUAAUGCCAAGGAGUGUAACAGCAUUACAGGUAAGGAGCACAUUUCCUCUUGUAUAGUGCUUUUUUCUCAAAGGUUCUUUGAGAAUGAUAUUUUAUUUUUUUAAAAAGCUAUAGCAAAUUUAUCUUGACUUAGAAGCAUUGGGAAAAUAUAAAACCUACUCAAAAUAGUCCCUGGUCCAGCCUACAAGGGACUGCUGAGAAAGAAUCAGAUGAGUUAAUAUUAGUGAGUUUCCUCUGUGACUAGGAAAAGGUAUUUGCCCUAUUGGACAUAAUACCUAAAAGAAAAAAAAAGGUGGAUAGAUGGGGUCUUUAUCAGAUUUUGUUGUGUAUUUACCAUGACAGCCCCUAAAGGACAGCUUGGGAAUUUCCAACUAAUAGGUGAAAUGGUAGCUGUCAGUCUAAGAGAAAAGGCAUAGUAGUAAUGUUUUUUGGAGCUUUUAAGUGCUGUAAUAUGGCAAGCCAACAAGGCGCACUCAACAUUUGCAAGAGGUCUCCUGGUAGACCAAAGGUUUCAUGGGAAAAGAUGAUAGCAUGGCACAAAGGAGCACAGCAAUUCUACUGCUGACAGUGGAAGGAAGAAGUUGAGGCUGAAUCUUAAACAACCUGCAGGCUGGUUCUAGUAUAUGAAAUAUACAACGGUCAGUGUGAAAUACCUGAAGACACUGUCAGAGAGGGAAGCAACUUGGAAAGACAACUCAUAGUAGUAAUGAAAGAAAGAAAAACAUUCUCAUGUGUCAGGCCCAGUGCCUCUCCUAGAUGCAACAUUGCUUUAGAUCAUAUCCAAAGCCCACUAAUAUUAUUUAAGAAGAAAAUUUCCCAUCGACAGGUAUCACAUCUGACUGGUGCUGUUUACAUGCUGAGGGCUGUGCCAGAUCAAGAGCCUGAAGGAACCCAUCCAGCAUAAGGCAGCCGGACCCUUUCACUUGAGGGACACCAGGUAGCUGAAUAGUGACUUACAAGCUGUAGGGCAUUUUAGCAUUUUUAUUUUCUGCCUAAAAGCAAUUCCUUGCCAUCUGUAGGAUUAGCCAAAUGGUUUGGUGUGUAAAAUCAUUAUCAUUAAUGAUAUACUGGAUGUUUCUUGAGAGAACCCAAAAAAUUCACCUAUGACCAAGACAGACACUGACCCUACAAUGUCAUUACAUAGGUAGCAUCAUGUUUCAGUAUAUAUUGUUCUUUAACCUGAACUUGGUUACAUUUUAAAGUACUUUAUCAUGGUUUAGGGUUCUUAAAGUUACUUUAUCUUCCAGUUGUGGGUGGGUAUUUUACACACAGCUCAGGGGAAAUUAAGGGACUGUUUAGAAAGCUGAACUAACAAAGCCAAGCUGUCUCCAGCUUUUUUUCUGCAUGGGAGCCAUUUAUGGCUGCCUCAAAUGUGCAUAUAUUUUCAAGUGGCUAUUAAUCUUCUCGGUUUCCCCUUGCAGAAAAGUCUUUCAUUUACUUCCUGUGACAGAAGCAGGUAUUUCCUUGUGGGUCAUAUUUCAGGGUGUUUGUACAAGGACUAUAAGAAGGCAGUCACAAUACAGGGGAAGGACGCAUCGUGGUUUGCCGUCCAAGGCAAUACAGGGAAUCUGAAAAUACUUAAAGGUGUAUUUCUCUAAAACCUUCUACACGGUAAGACAUUUUAUCUGUAAGUACUAAUACAGUUUGUUUUCCUUAUCUUGCUAUUACAUUUUUAAAGUUUUAUAAUGGCUUGUAUCUUAAGAAAUUGAAGCAUUUUAUCUGUGUUUUGACUGAAGUGCAUCAUUGGAUUUGAAAAGGUUAGAAGCAAUCAAAUCUCUUCAUGCCAGGCACACAAAAAUCUGAGGGGCUAUAAUCAUGGAACUGGCAUUGCCUAUUCUGAAUUUGACAUAACCUAUUUAAGAAACUCUUUUCCAUUGAAGAGAAAAAACAAUUGAAUGCAACAAUUAAAAACUUUUUCCCAAAAUGCAGACUGAGGUAGCACAACUGUAAUCUCAUGGGGUUUUGUCUUCCCACCUGCAAAUCUUGACUUUUACUGAAACCUAGAAGAGACUUUUAUCCUGUCAUAGGCUCUUGAAACAUUGUUUUGCAAGAAUUGCAUCAUUUGCCAGUCAUGGUGAUUCUGUCAGUUAUAUUGAAAAGAAUAUUACAUUGCCUUUCAUUGCAACACCCGGCAUGAGCCCCUACUAUUGACACUAACAAUUUGACUUUGUGUGUAGUAAUUUUUAGUUUUGGAAACUGCUUUUUUGUCCCUUUUUUUGGUAGGCAAUAGAUGAAAACCCUAGCAGUAAAUUGUAUAGUAGUCUGUCACAGCAUUUGUACUACAAAUUUUUCUCUCAAAAUGGCAAAAUCGCAAAGAUUUCCCUAAAAAAACCCCACAACCCAAAAUACAGGCGGAGGUGCUCUGCGAAGAUCUCCAGUGGACCUAAGUUUCCAGAGGGUCAUUCUCAUUUCCAUCAUGGUAUUGCCUGGGACAGGAUGUGUGGAAGUCUAUAGCUUUAGUUGUGUGUCAGAGGUAAAACUUUUUUGGUAACCCACCCCCUGUCAGGCGAGUGAGGCCAGAAAAUAACCAGCCAUUUCUGACCGGUACUCCUGACCACACCAUGUUUACUGCUGGCACCAUGGAGUAAAUCACUGAACAGAAGCAAAGAAAACCCCUUAAAACUCCAUCCCAGCCAGGGAGCUCAGGAAAGAGCUACAGAACAGCACUUGCAAUCCUUUAAAUUUUCCCAGAAGAGUCUCUGAGAGGAGGCACACAUGUUGGAGACUGUGCAACCUCCUUGGAACUAACAGACAACUUCAAGCCAAGUUACUAAAAGGAAAGCAUUUGAUUUUGUGAGGAAUGAGAGCCUUGGGGUAAGGCAAAGGGAAACUUUUGAAAAGUUUCCUAAAUGACAUUACAAGCAGACAUGGCAUUUCAAAUUGGAAAUAUAAGUAUAUGAGAGAAACUAGAUUUGAUUUUAAAUAAGCAAGAAAGCAACUGAGAUAAUAAAAAACUGUCCAGUCUGCAAAGUGUGCUGUGUUUGCAGUCAACAGGGAGGGGUGCAGAGCUCACAUACAAAUUGCAAAGAAAUAGCAGUGCUUUGGAGGUCUGGCUCUGUUGUCCUGACACCCAAAUGGUGGUGGUCUCAAAGGAAAGAACCCUAAAGCACAUUAGCUCAAAAAGAACCCAAUGGAAUCCCAUUAACCAAACCCACCUUUUACCUUCUAAAUGCUCCAUCUCUGUGCUCCUGCACUUACCAAAUCCCACAGAUUGCUGCGUGCAUGUUUUGUUAAAGGGUUAUUUAACAAAAUUUCAGAGAAGUCCAUGGAAGUGAACUGAUGCAUUCUGCCUCCCUGCCAGCCUCUGUUCCCACCUCUGCCACAGCCUGGCUAUGCCAGUGAGCAGGUUAUUUACUUUCUCAGGUUUACAGUGAGAUUCCCAUUUCCCUGGUUCUCCUGGAGGAGACAUUGCAAACAUAAGUUGAUGUAAAUAAAAACAUACUCUUUUUACCCAUCUGAAAAAUCAUAAUAGUAAUCCACCUCUUAGAAAUCUGUGAAGUUUAUUUCAUCACUGUUUAUAAAUUUCUCUGAGGGCACUGUAUUAAGAAUGCUACAAACUUGCAAAUUAUUAUAAUUGCCAUAAUAUUACGACUAGGUUGUCUAAACAGAUUUUAAAUUCUUCAGCCGAAGCUAUGUCUGUUUUAUACAGGGCUGAUCACACUGCUAAGGCAGUGUCAGAAACAUAGAUGGGAUGCAAUAUUCCUGGCUUGUGUCUAAUGUAAAGGAAGGGGCAAAAUGCAGUUCUGUUGGCAGGUCUCACUACUUCCUAGGCAAAUAAUCUCUUUGGCCUAUAUAAAUAUAUUUUUUUUAGUAUUUAUAAUGCUAUAUUAUAAUAAAUAUAAUAUUUAAUAUAAUGUAUAAUUCAUUUUAUAAAAUAUUAUUAUGCAUAAUAGUUGCUGGAAUAAGUAAUAAUUAUUAAAAUUAUCUAUAUAGCUUGUUAUAGAUUUUUCUAUAUUUUAUAUAGUUUAAACAUCACUGUGAAAAUAAACACUUGUGAGGUAUUUGUUAUUUUCUCAGGCAACCAUGCAUGCAGUGAAAUGCUGCUCAGCAGCAAGCAAAGAGAAAUGAAUUAGCUUCAGGGUUGUCGCUCUGUUUGCUAUCUGGGUGGAAGAAAAAAUCAGGAUGGCUUCUACAAGUAAAAAAAAUUCUGCAGUGAGAACUCAAAAUAUGUUUUGCACUGAAGGUGGAGUCUGCAAGCACGGAUUCCUCAUCAAAUCACCACCUCUUCAACUUUUCGGCUCACAGAAUUCCUGGAAAAGGCGUUUUUUCAUCCUGUCCAAAUCCAGCAAGGGCGAUUACAUCUUGAAGUAUCUAAAAGGCCAGAACACAAAAGGCUCCAUAGCUGUUGAUCAAAUCAUUAAUAUUGAAGUUGGCAUAAGCAAUUCUGAAAUUAUGGAAACGGUGAGGAAGAUGUUUAAAUGCCUUCCUGAACAGGUGAUGUCCAUCAGUACUGGAAACAGAUGUUACUACCUCAUUGGGAGCAGCAGGCAGGAAACAGAGGACUGGGUCUCUGCGAUAUCUUCAGUCUGCAGGGAGACCAAAAGAGGUGGAUGCUGCCCUCAGAUCCAAGAUCUUCCAAAUCCAGAAUUCAGAAGCCGGCCCUCCUCGUUGCCACUAUCAUUGAAUUCUAUAGCUACGACUGGUUUCCUGGACAGGCAAAGCUACCAGAAGGAGAACCGUUCCUCAGAAGAGAAGAACAGGCCUAAUUCAGAUCCUGGCUCUCAUCAGGCUCAGUGCGAGUCACCAAGAGGAGUUCUUCCAAGCCUGGAUAAAAAUCUGGCAAAGAGUGAGGAAAAUCUGCUUUCGUCAGAUACAGAUGAAGACAUCAAAAAGGACGAAGAAGAUUAUUACCAAACUCCCAUCAGUAUUUUAGCAAAGUGCACUGCUGAAGUAUCAAAGCCCGACCCCCUAGCUGGGUCUGAUGUCCCUGUGCAUGAGAAGCCAGUGCAGAAGAACCCAAUAAAGGAGAACAUUUAUAUGUCAAUGAAAUCGCUUAGGUUGCUGGAUGAGAGUUGCCAGCUCACAUGCAGACGUGAUGGACUCCCUUCUCCUCCCAAAUGCCAGGACAACUGUGCACGUCCAAGAGACUUGGAAGCAAACAGAAACCUACAAUUCCCCGAAAGCAGCACCAGCCAGCAGCCAACCCUCCAGAGAAGGCAAAAUUCAUUACCACUUUCGGUGGUUCAGUUGUGUAUACUGCUCAGCCAAGUUACAGAUGAGACCCAUCUGCAGAAGUUGGAUAUUUUCGUUCCCCAGGCUGAUAUUGACAGUUACCUAAAACUUACAGAAGCAGCAGGACAAAUAUGUGUCUCACAGUGGACUGGGCCUCCCCGACUGGGAUGUUUGUUUAACCACGGAGACCGUAUAGUGGCUGUGAAUGAUUUGCAACCCCAGGACGUGGAGGAGGCUUACUUCUUCAUCAGCAGGUCCACAAGAAAGGAGGUGAAACUUAGUGUAUGUAGGAUUCCACAUUCAGAUGUCUUCCAUGUUAAAGGCUGUUCAUGUUCCUGAAAAAAGACAUCAAUGAUUAAUGUCGUUCAAAGGCCUGUUUGUGCUGAAUUCUGCGUAAAGACAGAGGGAAAACCCAGUUCUGGAACUACAGAGGCUGAUAAACGGAAGAAAAUACAUUCCUGGGGAGCUCUCCUCCAAAGCUUCUAUGGGACUCCUUUGACCACGACAAAUCCAUUUCUGCCCGAGCAGUCUGUGAGGGACAGGAUGGCCAGCCAUCACCACACAGGGCUUCUUCCAGCUCUGUACCUCCAUCAGUGUGCUAGGACAGCCCUCUGGGCCUGAAUCUGAAAAUCACAGAUAAUCUAGUUCAAGCCUAUCCACCGAGGAUGUCACCCUUGGCCCUUCCUGCCCAAGGUUUGCCUAAGGUUUUCUGAACUUUAGAAAAGGAAAGGCCAGACCUUCCUGUGUUCCAAGACUCAUUCUGUCUGGAUAAUUAGGAAGCUUUUUUUCUAACAUAUAUCCUAGAUGGCAUGUUUUUUCUUGCUCUGUUUUCACUAAGCAUGGGAUUUUCGUUGUCUCCAGAGAAAUCUUCGUUCUGGAAGGUGUUUUUUCUGCCUGUUCUCCUGUCUCUCUCUCUCCCUUUUUUUUUUUUUUUCAGACCAAACAUCCUGCCUUCUUUCAACAUUUUGUUCAAAUAUUUCCUGAAAGUGAUCACAUGUCACUGAACUGCAAGCAAAUACCUUGUGCUUCCAGUUAUGGGUGAAAAAAGGAGGUGAGGCAGCCAUGAAGAAACUUCCUGGAACUUCAUAGAGAAACAUUUCCAAAAAGCGAAGAUGCUGUGAUCCAUAGGUGGUGGGAGGAGAGCUGCCACUCCGGAACCUGCAUGCAGCAUCGCUGCUGAAGCAGAUGUUAAGCAAUGCAUGCUGCACCCCUCUGCCAUCAAAGAAUGUCAUAUGUGGAGAAAAAUAGGAUUUUGGUAGAUAUAGCAUGAACAGGAUAAUUCCAGUAUAUUUGAGAAAAACGGGGCAUCACUUCUGUACUUCAGUAAACAGUCACUGAUGUGUUACCCCACAACUGACCAUUAUGUCAAUUUGCACAAUGAUAAAUGCAGAUAAUUAAUGUCAGAUAUUGGCUAAUUCAUAACACUUACUAGAGAUACAGUAUUGGAACGACGUCGGUACAGUAAAUUCUGGUAAGGUGUGUGAAGCUGUCUGCCUACAUAUGAUUAAUAAAUGCAUUAACACUUUACAAUACAUUGUGUUCUGUGAAUACCUCACUUUCUCCUGACACAGCCCCUCCUCAUCCCCCAAAGACUCCCAGUAACCUUCGGCUGAGUCACCAAACAGCCCUUUUAAAAAAAAGCUACCCUUAAAAAACAAGAUCAACACAGAAUACUCAUUUUGUAACAUUUUUCCCAAUGAGAAUUUUACCUUUCUUCAAAUGAGCAAAUUCCACUAAUCUCUGGGCUGCUUCUAGAAGCGACAGCAAAGGGAAAUGCCUACAUGCAUGGAAUUACCCAGUGCUCACUUGUAGUCCUGGAAGACCUGAAAGGGAUGUCUUUAAACCUGUGCCAUCUGAGGGGUAACUGGUAACUUUUUAGAUCACCUAUAGGCAUUGUAAGUAUGUCUUGUAAGCACACACUCAAAGAAAUAGCAAUUUAGUAGCUUCUUGUUGCAGCAUGCUCCGUGGUGUCAAAAUCUUUCCUUAGCUGGUCUCCAGGUAAGUUUUGGGCUAUGGAGGGCUCCUGACGCAGAUGUUUAAAUUGACAUGAGGUGAAAUAUAGUGAAUCCACAGACUAGUGAAUCUACGUAAAACAGCUGGAGGAAGGCUGCAGAUCCUGAAACCUUCUUGCACUACUGACCCCAUGAAGUAAUGGGCUUGGAAGCAGGGGCCAAUGCUGGCUGCAACACGUGCCACUUUGAAUUGCUCAGCAUCUGCAAACUGGGGGCACAGGAGACACAAAACAACAGACUAUGUAAUCAACAUAAUAGCUAACAACUAACACGCUCCUCACUCUUUUCUUUCCUGUUAUUGAAUACAGCCAGUGCCUGGAGGUUGUCUCCCUGGGUGUUCAUUCACAGCACAUCCCCAUGCUGCACUCACCCUGUGGCUGCUGAUUUUUCCCCCUGAAUUCCCAAAUACAAAUCAUACUCUUUCUACCAGUCUGGUACCCUUCUCCAGCAGGAUAAUGGCAACUGUCCAGGAGAAAAGCAAGUUCCAGAACAGAGAGAAAAUAAUGGUAAGAGAAAUGUCCAAAUUAGCAUGAGGUUAUUGAAGUCAAGAAAAAUAAGAAGCCCGUUGUGCAGCAAGCACAAACCAGACCACGCAGCACCCCACGCUUCCUCUCAAGGGCAACACUACCAAGAACUGGGGCAGGAGCCAUACGCUGAUCAAGGAAACACAAGUCCUGCGGGAGGCUGAAUCCAGCCAGGAAAGGUUAUCUGUGCUGCCUGCAUCCAUCCUGAACUGAGCCAGAGACAAGCUCUGCGUACCGCAGCGUCUGGCUGCAACGUGUUCAGGGUCCCCCCAACCUGCGUUACCCCACCAGACGGGCUUCAGCACGGCUGGGCUUUCAGCAAGUGGAGCCAGUAGAGGAAUGGCGCAGUAAAGGAGAGCGAUGUCCUCUUGCACGCCAGGGAGAGAGGAGAUCACUGGUGAGCUGAGGAUAGCAGGUGCUUAAUCUUUGCCCCAAGAUUUCCAGUGACCUCAGGAGAACCAUUUCCUUGCACAUAUUAAGUAAAAUUUAAGAAGUGAUUUCAGACACAUCGGCAUCGUGCUAUCUCUUACCAUAAAUGCCAUCUCCAGCAUCACAUUCAAUACUAUGAGUUGCUUUCCCUCCCGGAACAUCUGCUGGAAACACCUCCAUCGGAGCUGUACACUACAGGUGUGGGAGUUCGUUCUUCAGUGCCCCGUGCUGUGGAGAGAUGCUGAUGCGCCCAUUCGGUGCUAAAGGAGAAACUCUCCUUAAUACCCUGCAGAAACGUGGCUUGCCCUCAGCCACCUCAUAUAGCACUGCUGGGAGCGAACAUCAGAUGAUGGUCCCAAUUCCCUGUGGGGAACUGGCUCACGCCGCCCGUGUGCUGCUCACAGAGAGCUGCACCCAGCAGAGUCUAUGGAGAUUUUCCCAGUCAAAAGAGUUCAUCCAGUACUUCAGGUAUGUACUUACCAGGGUACUUCCUUGCUUGGUGCUCCUUUGUCAACACAGGAGUCGGAACGAGAGCGUGCUGAAUCCUCAGCAGAAAGUCUUAACCACAGGACCGUCUACUAUCGAGUUUGGGGAGCUGGCAAUGUAAUCAGAGAUGCACUGAGGGCUUUUUUGGUUUGUUUCCCAGGGAUGAACAGCUGUCACAUGUACGUGCCUCACCACAGCCAGCUGCUUCCCUCCUGCGGGCUGGCCAGCAGGUCACUGUGAAGAACUUGGAGCAUGCUGGGCAGUUCCUAGAAAUGCCACUGGAAUUUCAAAUGUUCCUUUUGGCCCUUAUCGCUUCUAAUUUAUUGCAUCACUUAAAGAAAAGGAGAGGCCAGCCAAGAGGCUGAUGCAAAUCUUUCUUUCAGCAAAAACACCUUAAGAGAAACCACAGCUCUGCACUGCAGCAGCGAGGAUGCCCAGCCACCAGAAGCCCUCUCCUUGCUGCUAACAGCUGCUCCGUGACUCACCCGUCCCCAUUCCAUCUUAUAGCAGGACCAGCUCUUCAGGGGCACCAAGCCACGGUGGUGGCAGCAGGACUGGACUUGCAGCAGCGAGUGUCUGGCCACAUUUCAGUUUUCCAUCCUGGGGCACCUGGGUCUAUAUUUGUCUGAGAACUUGUUUCUUUUACACCCAGUAGUGAAGGGUGAAGAAGUUAACCAGUCAGUGACAGUGCCAAGACAACGGCUAUCGGUGGUGCUAAUCUUGUGUUUUAAACACUGAAUGUUGGCUGUUAUCAUCAUUCAAGAGUUGAUCCAGAGCGCUAGUUGCAGCCUGCCAGCCCAGGGGUCUCUUGUCCAAAGAACUCAACACCUCUGCCACCAAAGCAAGCCAACCCUCUGCAUGGAGCCAGAGCUUAGGUCUGCAGGGUCUCCUUAGACUCCUCUUCCCAGUUUGGUGCAGUUCUUCCAUUACAGCGAGGAAAUGGGGUUGACAAAGCUGGUUGGUGAAAGGGAAAUAAGAGCGAAGAGCAAAGUCCAGCAGGGGGUUCCCAGGUGGCCAGAGAGCAGAGCCGCCUGCAAGCCUGCUCCACCUCCGACACUUCCAGCGACAGAGGCCAUCAACGCUGAUCAUGCCAGACAAACUGCUGUGGCACAGUACAGUUUAAUCCCGGGCAGUGCGGUGGGAUAAUUACAUGAUUUGUGAUUGUAGGCUGAAGAUCUCAGACAGCUGCUGCCCUGAACACUAAAGGAUGCUGCUGCCUCUUUCAGCAGUGUUAAGAGCUGGAUCAACCCAAUAGCCAGAGAUGAAAACCUCCUUUCCUGGGUACACAGCAUCUACCUGGAACCACCACAGUGUGGUGCAGACCUGUCUCCAAUGACCCUGGGAACUGGGAAAACGACACACAUGCACACAAAAACCCAAACCAAAAACUCAAAGCAAAAAGGAUUCUGCUUUCUCCAUGUGGCAGAAGUUCCUUGUAAAAGUGAAAUCCCCAAGCCUGUGCUCCAGAAGAGGAAAACAAAUCAAUCUAAGCCUCCAUCUCUUGUAAUCUCAGAAGAAAAAUGAGACAAGGGGGGAAAAUAAGCUUGGAAGAGCUAGAGAAUAUGCCUUGUCUGCCCUUACUUUUCUGUGAAAAGCACUGAAUUAUUAUUAGUAUGCUAUGAAACCCAUUUGGAAAGGCCUUCCACAUAUUUGCAUUUCUCAGACAUGUCCUUUCCCACCUGGAAAUGUUGUUCUGGCAGACUGAAAGGAUCUUGUACUUUUGCCCAGGAUUUCUGGGCACUUGAAUAUCCCAGAUCUGUGCAUGGACCAGCUUCAGUGCUCCACGAAGCAUCAGUCCCAGUGUGCCUAUGCUGCACAGAGAGUCUGCAAAGGCAUGUGAAAACCAGCAAAGCACCACAGCCGCAGGGUGCGAGCACAGGGGCACGUCCACUCACCAGUUCCCGUGCAAAUCCUCCGGGCUGGCGAACCCCCAUCUGAAACUCCCAGCUCUCCAGUUACUGACACAAGAGGUGCAUGUGGUGCCUUGAGCGUUCAGCAGACCAGCCGUGGGUGUACCUGCAGCAGCAAUGCAGGUGGAGCGCUGAGAUGGAGAGGACAGCCGAUGGCAUGCAGCCGGGCUGGCCCAGUGCAGCUGCCGCUCUGCUCGCACUGCUGCUGCAACAAGACAGAGGAACAGACCUGUGGGUUUUGCAGUGCAGAAUGGACAUUAAAAUGGCACAAGGCACCCUCCUGAAACCCGGCCGGCUGACCACAGUGGUUAUCACCAAGCUACAUCCUUUUUUUUUUUUUUUUUUUUUUUUUUUUUUUGUCUCUCAGAGUUUUCCCAUUGAAUCUGUUUCUGUCGUCGGCUUUGCCAACACCCUCCCUGCAGAAGAACUGGGAGAAAGAGCUGUGCUGUGACCACGAAGGUGUUAGAGAAAACCCGGGCUCCUACUGUGCUGCAGAGCUCUCUACCUCUGACGGUCGCUGGGUAGCAGCACACAGGACGGAAAUCUCAACUUUACCUCCCUCGAUCAGCAAUACAUCAGCGGGGCAGAUUGCCAAGCAAAUAACGCAGCUUCAGAAGCAAGUGAAAUCCAACCUGUCUUUCUCCUGCUGGGAUAAACACCCCAAUCCAUCUCCUGUCUAGAACAGGAGCUGAAAAGUGGGUUAGGACCUGCUGCUGGCAGCGCUGCAUUCGGGGAGGUCUCUGCUAGGAGCUGACACAUGACUGUAGCAAACAGAAAAAAUAAAUCUUGCCUUUCACAACACAGCUCACCAAAAUCGUCGCUCUGCAGAGGAAGGCGGGGGGCAGCUGGGGUGGGUGGGAGGCAGCAGGAGUCAGUAACUGUAGAACCUCAAGGCCAGCCCUGAUCUUGCUGAACUCACCUCUGAGGUCACCCUUGUUCACUUUUGUGUCCUUGUGUCACCUUUUCCUCGGGCGCACUGCUGGUACCUUUUUCCUGAGAUGGUGACCUUUUUUCCUCUUCCAUCCUUAUCAACCAAUAAAACAUACAGAAAGAAAGGUGAAUAAAGUUAAAUUCCAAUGUCAAACAGGCAAGCUUAGAGGUUUUAAAAACUGUUUUAUGUAAGUACUUAUUGGAAACUGGCACAAACAAGUCACUAUCUGGUCUGAGAUACCAGAGCAGAUGUGACAGAGUGGAAAAGCCUCUUCCCUGCCAAAGUAUUUGCUGGCGACUUGAUAACAAGGUGCCAUUGUACAACAGUGGGUAAAGGUUCAGAGCAGAAAGCAUCCAGGCGGUGCAGGGCACUGCCUCGGCGAGCUACAGCUCCUCCACCGCAGGCAGCAGGUAGAGCUGGGUCACAUUCGGUGCGAGGGCAGCGAGCUUUGCUGUGCUGCCUUCCUUAUCUGCAAACAGGGACAGCCCAUCUUGUCCCUUCUUUUGUCAGCAGGCUGUAAGCUCCUUCCAGCUUUCCUGUGCACUUCCAGGGAGAGCAUUAAAUUCGGCACUCCAAAUGUGUACAAACACACAUUCAUAACCUGAACCAACAGUGAAACUUAAGUACAAGAGCUCUAAUUUUUAGUAUUUGUACCGAGAAACUUUCAACGAUUCUUCUGGAUUUCAUUCAUCCCUGUCACAUUUCCCCCAGAUACUAAUACUGUGUGUUUUACAAACACUGAGUGUUUUGCAAAUACAUUUGAGUUGGAAGGGUAGCUAUCAAAUAAAAUUUCAAAUUUCAUUAUUUCAUGACAAACCCUAAAGACACAAAGCAGCCUGUGCCCCACCCUUGAAAGAGAUGCUCCGAUUUGUUUUGAUUCUGAAAUGAGAAGCAGAUACUUUUCUGCAGCUACAGGGAGGGUGGGAAAGUUUGGGCUGCAUUCUCUUGUUCUCAAAACUCACCUGCUAUUUGUCCCCCCUACCAAAGAGAACUUGCCAGAAAUUAUCCAGACACAGAAAACGCAUCAAGGCAAUAACUGCAUUUUUACCCGCACGUGGUAACAAGUCUCCCACGUGAUUCCCCCUAAGCAGUCUUCAAAUUCAAAACAUGAUGUCAGUAAAAAUCAGUCCUGAACUCCUUUAAAGAUGUAUCUGAAGUCAUGCUGUCUUAAAAACAAAUUUAAAUACCGGUUUACCUUAAUAGCCCUUACUAAGCACAUACGAGUACAGGGUUGAUCAGGUAAGAGAAACGCUUUAACCAUCCCAAUGGCAUCUCAGUUCCUUACUCCACUCCAAGUUACUAUCAAUCACUGUUUCACAUCAAGGUUUAAUGAAAUAUCUGGCACCUUGAAGCUCCCUUUAAUUGUCUGUAUGCUUUUAUUCUGCAGUGUCUUCAGACUUGCCUCCCCAGAAACCUCCUCGGUGGCAUCGUGGACCAUUGGUGCAGGUAGCUGCCUUCAUUUAUCGCAGCCCGCCUGAAACCCAUUGCCUG